CGUUCUUGAUGUGUCAUCUCGUCGUGAGCGAUUUGUAGGUCGGUCGCUCGCUCGAUCGUUAUUCCCCUCUUGCUUCGUUUGAGUGGAAGUCUCUUUUUGUUUAUCCGAUAACAGAAUCGGAAGUGUGCGAAUCUCUUUUCUAAUCAUCGAAGUUGAGGGUUAAUCUUCAAGCAGCGUCUGUGCAUCGAAUUUGGGAAGCUUGAAGACCUGCGGAAAUGGCAUCGAAGAUUGUGGCCAGCGCAAUUCGCCGUAAUAUCUGCAGGCCUAGGGCGGCGACCAUCGUCCGUCGGCCUUUCUCCACAUCUGCAGCCGCGGCAGCGGUAGAGCCUUUGGAAGAGGAGGCGAAUGGAAUCAACAUGAAAGGAGUCAAAAUAUUGGGCAGACCCCUAUAUUUGGAUAUGCAGGCGACUUCGCCGGUGGACCCUAGAGUCCUCGACGCGAUGCUGCCCUACUAUCUCUCCCGCUACGGAAACCCUCACUCGCGAACUCACCUUUACGGUUGGGAAUCGGAGCGGGCCGUCGAAGCUGCGCGUUCCCAAAUAUCUGCCCUAAUUAACGCCUCUCCCAAGGAAAUCAUAUUCACUUCUGGCGCCACGGAGUCUAACAACAUCUCGAUCAAGGGCGUUAUGCACUUUUACAAGGACAAGAAGCGCCACGUAAUCACCACCCAGACCGAGCACAAGUGUGUGUUGGAUUCGUGCCGGCACUUGCAGCAGGAGGGUUUUGAGAUUACUUAUCUUCCUGUGAAGCCUGAUGGGCUUGUAGACUUGGAGAAGCUCCGGGCUGCGAUUAGGCCUGAUACAGGUCUAGUUUCUGUGAUGAUGGUGAAUAAUGAGAUUGGUGUGAUACAACCUAUGGAGGAAAUUGGGAAAAUAUGCAAGGAGUUUAAUGUUCCUUUGCAUACUGACGCUGCCCAGGCCUUGGGGAAGAUUCAAGUUGAUGUGGACAAAAUGAACAUAAGCUUGAUGUCUUUGAGCGGUCAUAAGAUUUAUGGCCCCAAAGGGAUUGGGGCUUUAUACAUGAGGCGGAGGCCGAGGAUUCGGGUGGAGCCUCAAAUGAAUGGUGGAGGACAGGAGAGGGGGAUUAGGAGUGGCACAGUUCCGACACCCUUGGUUGUUGGGUUUGGUGCUGCCUGUGAGCUUGCUAUGAAGGAAAUGGAGUAUGAUGACAAGAGGAUAAGAAUGUUGCAGGAGCGGUUGUUGAAUGGAAUUAGAGGGAGACUCGAGGGUGUUGUGGUGAAUGGGAGUGAGGAUAGGCGAUAUGCAGGGAAUUUGAAUUUGUCAUUUGCUUUUGUGGAAGGGGAGAGCUUGUUGAUGGGGCUGAAAGAGGUAGCAGUGUCGAGUGGCAGCGCAUGCACGAGUGCGAGUUUGGAGCCGUCAUAUGUGUUGAGGGCAUUGGGAGUGGAUGAAGAUAUGGCACACACCUCAAUCCGAUAUGGAAUAGGGAGGUUCACGACGGAGGAGGAGAUUGAUAAGGCUGUGGAGCUUACUGUGAAGCAGGUGGAGAAAUUAAGGGAGAUGAGUCCUCUCUAUGAAAUGUAUAAGGAUGGGAUUGACAUUAAGAGUAUCCAAUGGUCACAGCAUUAGAUCUUUGGAAUAAAUACAUUAUAGCAGCGAUCUUCUGGGAGGAGCUCGGGUUAUUCUUGGCCGAUCAUAGAUGCUGCUUCCAACUUUGGCUGGGCACUUGCAGUAUUUACAGGGUUAUGUUCAAUUUCUAGUAUACACGCAUAUAAUCUGAAUCCUAAUUUGCCAUGGUUAUUAUAUCUUGAUCGAUAGAUUUUGCUGUUUACAUCGUUGUAAUGUAGCAAACUUAUGCAAUCACUUGUUUGGGACUUCUAUAGUAUUUAUUGUCAAUGGCAUCAGAUGGUUGGUUCAAUUUUCUUUCAGUUCAUGCGCUUGCAGCGCAUGUAGAUUGACAAAGUAGCAGAGUCUAUUAUGUGGAUGUAGCUGAAGAUAUCUUCUGAGCUAUCAUUUGUUCUAUGUGUUAAAUGAUCUAACACAUCCAGGAAGAGAAUGAGUAUUAAUGUUCCAGAUA